UUACGGGUUACAACAGGUCAACAGUGGAUUGCGUCACUGUUUAUGUUGAUGUCGUGCGAUAUUACAGUUACUUCUAGCUGUGGUAGGACAAGUUGUGUCGUGAUAGCUGUUGUCUGUUAGUAACUCCAUAGCCAGAGAGCUAGAUAGGAUUCCGUUUUAUUUAUUUAUUUUUUAGCAAGCAGUCGGUAUUGUUCUCUAAAUUGUAGAGGUUUAUCAAGUAGUCUGGCGUAGCUCAGAAGAACAGACAUGUCUUCUGAUAAACAAAGUAACUCUGAUGAAAAUUUGCAAGGUUCCUGGGUGGAGCUGCACUACAGCAGCAACGGCUCGGGGAGCCCGGGACAGGCGGGGGGGCAGGCGGCGGGACAGGAGCAGCAGGUCCGCCCUGCCGCCCCGGAGGGGGACAUGGAGCGGAUGCUUCUGGAAGCUCAGCACGAGUCCGGCAGGAGCAGCUCCAGAGGAAGUUCGCACUGCGACAGUCCUCCAAGAUCCCAGACUCCUUUGCAGCUUCAGAGAAGCUCAGAGGUGCACACUGGAGAAAAGAGCAGCUCACAGUCUGAAGAAGAUUUCUUGGAGAGAAGACAGGAAAUUGACAAUUUAAUGAAGAGAAAUGCUGACUGGAUCUGGGACUGGUCGAGUCGCCCCGAAAACGCUCCGCCCAAAGAGCUCCUCCUAAAGCACCCGAAACGUUCCGGAACGCUCAGCAUACGGAACACCGGGAUUAUGAAGAAGGGCGGCGUCUUCUCGCCCGAGUUCCUGAAGGUGUUCCUCCCUUCUCUGCUCCUGUCCCACAUACUGGCCGUGGGGCUCGGGAUCUAUAUCGGAAGACGUCUGACCACCUCUGCCGCUACUUUCUGAAAACGCACCGUGGGAACACAACUCGGCAUUUAUCGUCAUGAUAGGAUACCCUGCACAACUCGCCAUCCCAUGAUUCAAUGCUCAGAGCCGAACAGGCUUGGUCAUGUGACUUAGUGUCCAGGCUGUGGUUGGCCCCACUGCCUGCUGUGUUAGUGUUGAUUGGACUCGGGUCUCAUACCUGACAGUCCAGAAAAGCUCCGUUAUAUCCACGUCACUGCUAUUGGACCAGCGGCCAUUUCAGUUUAAAAACCUGCCUUCUACUGGACAGACUUUGCUUUGAAGUGCAUUUUGUAGGCAUAUUGAUUUAAUAAGUACACUAUACAGAAAAUGCUGAGGUGUCACACGAAAAGCAUAUUUCACAGUACACUGCGGUUUUCAGUAACAAACCCAACAGAGGAAACAGACGUACAGCUGCUAAGAAAAAAGGGAAAUAUUUUAGGGAAGGAAGGAGUUUCAGAAAUCAUAAAAUGUGAUGUUUUGCUGGAAUAAGUUUUAUUUGCUGUGGUUUUGCGUAUCGUGUUUUUACCUGGUUCUAGAGUAGAAUGUAAUCAAAGAACUGAUCCAUUUGUAAAAUCCAAGUUGAAAAAGCUGAUUCCAUUUACAGUGGGUGUGCAUUCUGCCUGAAAUUGCAAUUCCGGUAAUUGCAUUGGGUAUUAUUAUUAUUAUUAUUAUUAUAAAUAUUAUUAUUACUACUGCAGGUACAGUUUUAAUUUUGACUUGAUCUAGCCCUUAGACAAGCCUGAAAAUUAAUAUGGAAUGGCCUCAAAUGCAUGCAAGGGAUCAGUAAUUCUGAUUAUAUAACAGAAAAACAUCAGUCAUAUAGCCUAAUCAGGACUUCCACAAGGAACCGAGAGAGUUUAAGCGGUGAAAGUGACAGGGGUGCCAGUGACGGAAGACGUCUUUUAAAAUGUCUGAACACAGCGUAGAACAGUUUCUCAGGUUGUGCCUAGCGGUGUGCUCUAAGAAACGUACCUUACUAAUUCAGUGAUUUUAAUUAACAGAUUGUGAAGAGCAAUUGCAUAACUUUUAACACUAAAUGAAAACUAAUUGCAUGAGAUCAAUAACCUAGAAUUGCAGCAAUAUAGCACUGUAUUUUCUGGCUUUACAAAUAAUCAUGAAUACCCGUAAAAACAAAUAAUCCAAAUAUAUUCAUCCAGAUUAUUCUCCAUAGAAUCGUUUAAGAUAAAAUCCUGAGUAAAAUAUAAUAAAAUCCAGUGUGUAAGAACGUGUACUGAAUGAAUCUCGUGGCUCCUUUGUUGAAUGACUGAGCCAAACCAAGCAUAUGCACAUUAGAAAUGAAACAGCAAACACUGAAGAUCAUUCCAGAUGAUAGUUCCCAUUUCUAGUGUCCAAAACAUUUCAGAAGGCCUGAAAUCAAUGAUGUCAUCCAGAUUCAAGCUUCAAGUGCUUCUGUGGUCAUACCGAGCCUUGGGUACCACACAACAUUUGAAUAUUAGUUUGUCAGAAGUGCCCAUUUGUCCUGAUAAUUUGGAUUCUUGCAACGCGAAUGUGUGUGUAUGCACACUUCAGUACACACUUAAUAAUCGUUUGAUAACUAAUGGCCACUGAGUGUACAAUUAAAAUUAAUCAAAGAAUGCUACCUCGAUAAUGGAAUGAAUCAUCACUGUUAUGAGAGAGGGAGAGAGAAAGAAAGGCAGAGAGAGAGGGAAUAAUAAACUAAUAAAUGACAGAAGUAAGUUUUAACAUAAGCUAACGGAAGUGGGAGGGGGGAAAACAAAUGGGAAAAGUUGAUAAGUUGUUCCUCACAUUCAAUAUAGCCAGGGUAAAUGCAAGGGUCAAUACAAAAACUGAACUAAAAGGCAAUUCAAAAUAUUUUGGAUAGUUUCACAGUCGAUUUCCUGUCUUCUCAAAUGAAGUUUAGAAUGUACUGUUCUACUACUCUACCUGUUUUCAUACUGGGAGAUUAGUUACAAAUGUCCGCUGUUAAUCAUUCUCUGUCACUAUGAAUAUUGACCAAAAAUAGACCUGCUGCUGGGAAUUACAAGUGUAAAUGAAUUAUUAGAGGUAAUUAGUCACACAUUGGAGAGGGAGUCACAGGCAUAUCAGAUCUUUGCACUGUGAAACUGGUCCAUUUCCCUUUCAAAAUAAAUACCUACUAAUCAUAACGAAAAACAAUUCUUAAUUUUAGACUCUUGAUAAAGCCAGACAACAUUUCAUCAAAUAUCGAGACGGUUGACGCCUGCAACAUGUAUGCUGACUGUUUCCUGGUGUAAACAAAACAAUGUUGAAGACAACGUUGCCUUAAAAAAACAAAAAACAAUUUGUGUUUGAUUAUAUUAUCUGGCCUUCUGUUCUGGUGAAGAUAGGGGGGAUUUGUUAAAGAUGAUUACUGUAAAGGGCAUUCACUGUGGUGUUGAUUUUGAAAUUAUUAUUUGAUUAUUAUUUACCAUUUUUGCAAGCACAUACUGAUCAGUGUGCCCAUUUUAGAUUUGCUUGUUUAAAUAGCAGAAAAUGUGAAAAAAAUACUGUAAGAAUUAAAAUGUUUCAUCAAAAUGCAA